GGGCACUAGGCCCAACAUACAGCCUAAGCCCAAUAAAUAUUUGAACUCAUGGGCCCGAGUCAGGUGCUCUAAUCUAAUCUGCCCCACUGCAAAAAAAAUCAUCUUCUUCCUCGCAUUUUCUCCGCUUCAGAGCAGCCCCACCAUUAGCAGCACAAGGAUACGCCGUACGUGAUGCAAUUUGGCUUGAGAAGGUUCUCAUCAGUUGUCCAUUGAUCCUGAUCGUUAUCUUGAUAACUUUGACGUGAUUUCGGAGUUUCGAAUUCAGUUUAGUACGAGUUAUGUCCAUGAGAGAGCGAGCGAACUAAUCUGAAGUCAGUACAAGUUCGGUCCAAGACAGCUAAUAGUUACAGUAACCUAAUUAUCUUUUUUGAGGGUUGGUGUAGAAGUUGCUUCUAAAUUUGUAAGAGCUCUGUGGAAAAGAAUGAUCAUUCGUCUUUUCUGUUAAGAAUUGAAAUGUCAGGGAUACUCAGUUCCGGGGUGAAUGGAUUGAAUUCAAACCUUCAAGAUAACACAGGAAGAGCGUUCGCAACUUCCUUUUCCGCUCAGUCUGGUUCUUCUGGAGCUGGGCUUCACAACAUGCAUGGUAGCUUCAACAUGUCCACUAUUCCUGGGCCAUAUGCCUCAAGGUAUUCGACAAAUCUUGGUAGUCUCCCAAAUGGCGUUCAGCAAGCACCAGGAAGCAUGUCUAAUGGGAGAUAUGCAAUUAACGGUCUUCCUAGUGCACUUUCUCAGCUAUCUCUUGGAAGUUCGCAUGGGCAUUCUGGUGUUACAAUACUGGAGGUGCAGGUGUGAUUCCAAAUAUGGGAAAUACAGGACGGGUUACAAACUCUACUGGUGGUCUUAUGGGUGGGGGAAACACUUCAAGGGGUGCCAAUACUGGGGUGGCAAAUAUCCCUGGUCUUGCUCCUCGCUUGAACUUGACUGCUCCACAGGUGGUAUCCAUGCUGGGCAAUUCCUAUUCAGGUGGCGGUGCACCUCUCUCCCAAAAUCAGUUUCAAGCUGGGAACAACAAUUUUAGUUUUAUGGCUUUACUAAAUGACUCAAAUGCCCAUGAUAAUGCUACAUUUGAUGUCAAUGAAUUUCCUCAGCUGUCCGGGCGUCCUCCAUCAGCCGGUGGUUCUCAUGGUCAAAUAGGUUUGAUGCGAAAGCAUAAUAUUGGUUUUGCCCAACAGAAUCAAGAAUUCAGCAUUCAGAAUGAAGAUUUCCCCGCUUUGCCUGGAUAUAAAGGCGGUCUUAACGUUGGAGGUAAUGGUGAAUAUACCAUUAGUCCACACCAAAAAGAACAGAUGCACGACAGUAUGGCAAAUUUAAUCCAGUCUCAGCAAUUAUCUAUGGGUAGGGCUUCUGGAUUCAAUUUUGGGGGCUCAUAUUCAUCACACCAUCCUCAGCAACAUCGUGCUUCAUCCAUAAAUGGCAUGGGGGUUUCCUAUCUGUCGUCAGGCAAUCAAGAUCUUAAUUUUCAUGGCCCUGAGCAGUAUCAGCAAUUCCAACAAUCCCAAAUGCAUUUUGUCAAUCCAUUUAGAGAUAAAGACAUGAAACCUACUCAGGGUUCUCAAAGUUCACCUGAUCAAUAUGGGAUGCUUGGCUUAUUAAGCAUCAUAAAGAUGGUCAACCCAGCUUUGACGUCUCUUGCUUUGGGAAUCGAUCUUACAACUCUUGGCAUGAACCUUAACUCAUCUGAGACACUUCAUAAGAAGUUUGCAUCUCCCUGGUCUGAUGAGCCCGUCAGAGGAGAGCCAGAGUACAAUGUUCCUGAGUGUUACUAUGCAAAACAAAAUCCUCCAUUGAAGGAUUUCCAUGCAUAUGACACAUCUUAUACUAGAUGCCAUAUGCAAAGGGAUGGGGAAAUCGGGAAUUACAAUAGAGGAUGGUUCUACCACAGAGAGUUGAGGUUAUGGUUCACAAGGGUGAAGAACAUGGAGCCUCUUGUUAAGACAAAUAGUUACGAGAGAGGCUGCUAUUUUUGUUUCGAUCCCAAUGCCUGGCAGACUGCAAGAAAGGAUAACUUUGUCUUGCAAUAUGAAAUGGUUGAGAAAAGGCCCACUUUGCAUCAGCCACAGAUGUAAAGCUCCAUUGAAGGAUUAGUAAAACUACAUUUUGUCACUCUCUCUGGACUGUGGAUGAAUUCUUUUUGGCCUUUCGUAAGAUUCUUUCUCUUUUGGUCCUUUUUUUUUUUAUAACUCUUGUUUACGCUUGUAAGUUGUAACGGCAGAUGGUUGAGCUAUGUUUUUAUNCAAAUAACUGAAAAAAAAAAAAAAAACUU